UGAUAAUGUUAUCAAUACGCUUGUGCCACUGCCCACUGCCGACUGCUCGGAAAUUAUUAAAAAUCAUUACAAACGUGCGCUGAAAGGGUAAAUAUGACGUGCGAGGUGACGAUCGCUGAGGGGACUCUAGCGGGGUGCGAGUGCACCGCAUACGAUGGCCUCAAGUACUACAGCUUCGAAGGCAUCCCCUACGCCAAACCUCCCGUUGGAAAACUGCGAUUUCGUGAUCCUCAGCCCGUUGAUAGUUGGAGCGGCGUUAGGGACGCGACAAAACCGGGGAACAAAUGUGCUCAAAUAGACCCCUACGGGAAACGGAAGAUCGAAGGCUCCGAGGACUGUCUGUACCUAAACGUGUACACUCCCUGUCUGCCGGCUGAUAAAUUAGAAAAGCUACCUGUUCUGUUUUUCGUGCACGGCGGUAGAUUUCUAAUAGGCUACGGCCACUACUAUAGACCCGACUACCUAAUCAGACAUAACGUCGUAUUGGUUACCAUAAAUUACAGACUGAACAUUCUAGGGUUCCUCUGCCUGAAUAUACCGGAGGUGCCCGGCAACGCUGCGAUGAAAGACACCAUCAUGGCCUUGAGGUGGGUAAAGCGGAAUAUACACCACUUCAACGGAGAGGAGAACAACGUCACCGCUUUUGGCGAGAGCGCCGGAGCCGGCAUCGUCACGUCAUAUCUGACGUCCAAAAUGGCCGACGGACUGAUCCACAAGAUUAUCUGUCAGUCCGGCGUCUCCGUGUCCGAUUUGUUCAUUACGGACGAGGACCCCAUCGAGAAAGCCCGGCAGGUGUCCUCAUACCUGGGCCAGGAUAUCCUGGACCCGAGGAAGUUGUACGAGUCGUUGCUCAAUACGCCGUUGGAUGACUUGCUGUACGCGCUGGCGUCGGCGGAGCUGAGUCGGCCGCCCGCCGUCGUCCGAGCGCUCCUGCUACCGGUCCUGGAGAAGAAGUUCGAUGGCGUCGAACAGUUUUUCGACGACUACCCGAUGGUCGUGAUGCGAGAGAAUCGUUUCAAGAAGCUGCCUAUACUCUGCAGCCUUCACUCCCACGAGGGCGCCCUAUUCUUGAGGAAGGACGAGCAUGGCCGCAUCAUGUUCGAGGAGAACUUUCAAUAUUUUAUUCCCAGGUACCUGUACAUCAAGCCGAACACGAUCAAAUCGCUGAAAUUCGCUAACAACCUCCGUGACUACUACUUCAGAGGGAAGAAGGUCGACGAGGCCACCGCCAAGGAGUACGUCAACUUGGUCUCCGACCAUUACUUUGCGAGAGACAUCCUGCUGUUCAGCGAACUCGUUAGUAAAUACAACAAGGACCUGUACCUGUGCAGAUUCGCCUUCGGCGGUAACUUGAAUAUUAGAACGAUGAAGAAUUUGGACAUGAAAGGAGCUUCUCACGGUGAUCUCCUCCAGUACUUGUUCUACCGAAGCACCAAAGCGGGGAAAUGCAACGAAAAAGAUACUAUGGUUAUUAACGCUAUAACCGAGUUCUGGUGUAACUUUGCCAGAAGUGGUAAGCCCAUGUGGUCGCAGCAGCAGUUCGAGUGGCUGGCUUACAGCAAGGAGGACAGGCUUUGCCUUAACAUCGACGACGACGGCUUGAAACUCAAAACAUAUCCUAACUUCGACCGUCUCAAGUUCUGGUACAACCUGAUGGGAGAUCGGUCGAAAAUUUGAUACGGGAACAUACUAGUUAAGAAAACCUCCAGGUGAGAUUUGCAAUAUUGUACUGUGAUAAGUCAAAGACUGUAGUGUUCAGUGUUCUUAUAUAGGUGAUUUGUAUAUUGUGUAUGUGUACUUAACGUAUAUACAUUUCCAUUAUAA